AGUUACCUCUGGACCUCGGUGAGGGGAGGUUGCGCGUGCCACGCCUCCUGCCGACACGCUCCUUGCUUGCUUCCCUGGAAGUGAACUGAAGUGAACAAUGUGCAGCAUGACUAUUGAUAAAAGAGCCUUCCACAUCUUUCAGCAGCCAAGCACAGCGCCACGACGGACCGAUUGACUGACUCAGCGAGGCUUCAGAAAGUCUGUCAAGGAAAAGUGAUAAAGUUUAGUGGCAGAAAACGUGGCUUGAAGUGAAUUAGUGAGGUCUGUGUUGCAAGUUGAAGGUCAAGAGCGAGGAUGAGGACUAGCUUAACGAAGUGAGCGCAGUGAAUCUUAGACAGACGGCAAUCUGACCAGACACUUCAUUCACUCCAGCCCAAAGGGAACCUGAGAAAGAAAAAAUAAAAGAAACAAAAUAAACAAACGUUUAGAAAUGACAGGAACCUACACUCGAAAAAAAAAUGAAAAGGUAAAUCUACACUUACGUAACAUUGCAAACUCAUCUCCAUUUGAGGCGAGUGUGGCAGCGGUGGAGUGAGAGAGUGAUUGAGUAAGUGAGUGCCAACAGGCGUGAGUGACAGAACCUCAAGGAAGCAACCAUGAAGACGCCAAGUUCCCCCUCCUGUGUGGUGGUGUGUGUUGUGGCAGCGGUGGUCACCAUAUGCUACGGCGCUAAACCCAAGCUGCGAGGAGGCCUGGAAAACAGUCCGCUGACGGAGGUGCGCUCCCUGGAGGGUCAACGGGUGAUGCUGCCCUGCGAGGUGGCUCCACCCAUUCCCGGGGACGACAUCAUCCUGGUCUUGUUCUACAGGGGUGCGCUGGGUACACCCAUAUACAGUAUCGACGGUCGGAAUGGUCCAGUGCAUCGGGCGCAGCACUGGUCAGACGAGGACACGUUGCAAAAGCGCGCCUACUUCGACAUGACCUCGCACCCGCCCGGCCUCGUGCUGCACCCAGUCACCGCCAGCGACGAGGACGAGUACCGAUGCCGGGUCGAUUUCAAGUCCUCUCCCACCAGGAAUGUCAGAGUCAACCUCACUGUAAUCGUGCCGCCGCGGAGGAUCAAGCUGGUGAGCGAGGCGGGGCUGGAAGUGAGCGGACUUAUUGGACCCUACCACGUGGGCGCCACCUUGACCCUGCAGUGCCACGUGGAGGGUGGCCGCCCUCCACCUUCCGUCACCUGGUGGAGCGAAUCCGUGAUGCUGGACGAGGUGGUGGAAGACCAGCAGCCAGGAGCAAGUCUCAACACCCUCUCCCUCCCAGCGCUUAGCCGCGAGGACCUGUACCGAGUGCUCACCUGUAAGGCAUCUAACUCCAAUCUGUCGGUGCCUCUCGCUGCCGCCGUGACUGUGGACAUGAGCUUUCCGCCGCUGGAGGUACGCAUCUUGGGGCUGCGCGAGGGUCCUUACUCAGAAGGGCAACAGUACAAGCUAGUGUGUGAGUCCACCGGGUCACGACCUUCCGCUACCAUCACCUGGUGGAAGGAUGGCAUGCUGAUGACCGACACAAGGAACCAGGUGUUCCAGGAGGGUAACGUGAGUCGGUCCACCCUCCACCUGACACCCACACUGGCUGACCACGACACCUACAUAUCGUGCCGCGCCGCCAACCCUCUGGUGACGACAGCGGUGAUGGAGGACUCAACCAAACUCAAUGUCUACUACACGCCGCGCCUCUCCCUAGCGGCGGGGAACAGCGUCAAUCUGGAUGACAUCAAGGAGGGCGACGACGUGUACUUCGAGUGUGGCAUCAAGGCCAAUCCCAGCAUCUACAAAGUCCAGUGGUUCCAUAAUGGAGAGGAGAUUUCUCACAACAUCUCAGCCGGAAUCAUCCAGACUAAUCAGUCCCUCGCGCUGCAGCGACUCACCAAGACCUCCUCAGGCCAGUACACGUGUGCAGCCUCCAACAAGCAUGGCAGUAGUGGCUCCAACGCCGUCCAGCUUAGCGUCAAGUUCUCACCUCUGUGUCGACCCGGGCAGACGCAUGUGUUCGGGGCGGCCAAGAAUGAGCAACUCAAUAUUACAUGCAGCGUGGAGGCACACCCAGAGCCAUCCUCCUUCAGGUGGGCAUUCAACAGUUCCUCUGAAGUGGUGGACAUUCAGUCGGCACGUGUAAGGUCUGCGGGAAAGGGACGCAGCCAGGUGAGCUACGUUCCUACCCGUCACCAGGACUAUGGCUCGUUGCUCUGCUGGGCCUCCAAUGACGUGGGUGUGCAGCAGCCGUGCAUUUACCACGUGAUACACGCAUCCCCGCCAGACCCUGUCAACAACUGCACGGUGGAGAACAUCAGUUCGUCCGGGGUGGGCGUCAGAUGCCAGGCGGGGUGGGACGGUGGUCUAGCCCAGACCUUUACCCUCUCCGUGACGCACGCACGAGCGCAUACCUCCCGUGGCCAUCAGUCUCGGAAGGCGGCGCCUCGUGUCCUCGCCAACACUUCCACCGCGCCUCGCCCUGAAUUCGCCCUGACGGGUCUAGAGCCCGGUACGGAGUACCUGCUCACCAUCAUGGGAGUCAACAGCAAGGGCCAGAGCGAGCCCGUGAGAAUCGGCGUCUCCACACUCAGGGACGUGGCGGAGAAACGCACUAGUCCAGUGGGUAGUGCCUUGGCCCUCACCUCCCUGCUGGGCGUGGUGCUCGGGGUGCUGGCGUCCCUGUUGGUGAUGGCGGCCGUGGUGGUGACGCUCGUGAGGAGGGCACGCAGCCAGCAGAAGCCAGAGGUGAAGAUGGUGUACCACAAGGGGGCAGGUGGCCACCACUUGCCUGACGAGGUGGAUGACACUAAUCCAGACGUGAUUCCUGUCAAUGAUGACCACCAGGUGCAGCAGAACACCCAGCAGACUAAGCAGCAGACCCAGCAACAGCAACAGCAACAGCAGAUCCACCAGACGGCAGUUGACGUGGAUGUGAAUUCAGAGCGUCAGCAACCAUCACACCUGGACUUGUAUGAUGGAGGGCAGGUGCAGCAGCCCCUCACCAAGGAGUAUAUGCAGGGCCACGAGGGAUCCUUCUACAUCAACCCCGGCACCCUCAUGCGCCAGGGCGGAGCAGCACGGGAGCAGGAUCUGAGUUUAGUGGGAGGACCUUUGGCAGCUUCCACGCCUACAGCAGCAGCACCCUCCCAGCCUCCGAUGUACCACUCGCCGCACCUGUCCACGCUUCCCAUGCCUCAGUAUGCCUGUGAAGCCGUGCCCUACACCCAGGCCGGCACACCACCUUACUCCCGAGAGAUGUCCUUCAUGCCUAUACCCUCAGCAUACCGCCAGGACCUACACCCACACUCUGAUGUCUAUACCCCAGAUUCCUAUGCCUCAGACCUAUCCUGUAUGCCUUCCCCCUACCCAUCCUACUCACUCAGCCUGGGGCGCGACGGCAGGCUGGCCGGGCAACAAAACCCUGCUUGCCUCCCUGCAGGGCCACAUCCCCUUGGUCCACCGCCUGAUCCUGAUGCCCUGGGAACACCCAUGACUAGUCCCUGGGAAGGCUCCAGCGAUAGGAGCGGCAGCCCUAGUCACCGCGAGAGCUCCGUUUAAGGGGUGACUGCGGCAGCGUCUCAGUGGACCAGAUCGCCGCCUCCCUCAGGAACGAAUGAACGUCAGCGUGAGGCGGACGUGUGGCGUGUCGCUACGGCUGCUGUGGCUGGUCCCCUUUGUGCUUCACGGAGCUGACCUAUGCCAGAUCAGCCUCCAUCGAGUUCUCAGGGGAAUCUGUCCGUGUGUUUGUGUGUGUUUCUAUCACUCUACUUUUGUACGUGUCAACAGUCUCCCUCAAGUUGUCUGUCUCUCCCCCCUUCUUCCAAUCUCUCUCUCUCUCUCUCUCUCUCUCUCUCUCUCUCUCUCUCUCUCUCUCUCUUCUCUCUCUUCACAAGGGUGCAUUACUGCAUCUUUGAGAUUAUAUUUCAGACCAAUGUAUUGUUGUUUUCUUUGGAGGGACGUGAAAGGACGACGGUCAUCCAAACUGUACAUACUGAGGCCAAGCUGUGAAGACUAGGUGUUUAUUGCUGUCUGAAUGGAUUUUGCUUUUGUACAUACACAUCAAAAUUAUAUGGGAGUUAAUAUGAAUAUCUAUUUCCGUCAUAUAUAUAUAUAUAUAUAUAUAUAU